AUGUCUGGUCAAUUGACCACCGAGGUGGCUUUCAGAUCCUCUUCCCAGCCGCGGCGGCGACAGAACACCAGUUGCGAUCCUUGCCGACGGUCCAAGCGACGGUGCUUCUUCUCUUUAGAUGGGCUGGAAGACUUGAAUGACACUUGUGCACAUUGCAGACGCCUGGGCCAUGCGUGCACGUUCGAAUUUGCUGCGUCUCAACAGACUCUGAGGCCACAGAAGAGACAGCGGCGCAAUUCACCGAGAUCUGAUCGCAAUGGGGACCAUAACGAAUCAUUCAAUCUGCCCGUGUACUCUACCGAACAGAUAUCUCGAACUGGCUUCUUGGACGCACAAGAUGACUUUGCUGCUUGGUUCAACUUUGAUAACGAGCAGUCCUUCAGCCAAGCUGCCGCAUCCCCCUUGAAUGGUGAUCUCAGUGUAAGAGAACCUACCACAUCGUGUUUAGAACCAACAGGAAUGUCUGGAUGUGGGAAUGAACGCCAAAUAGCUCUUCUGCCUAACCGCUUGUUUGGGAUGCGGUCAUUCCAGUGUAGAGCAGAUGCCAUUCUUGGGAGCACCAUAAGAAGUCCAGUCCAUCUCCUGAACUCCAAAAUGGAUGCUAGGAUGCUUGAUGAAAGUUCUAUCCGAAUAUUUGACACUAUUGUGACUGGAUCAGCGAAUAGAUUCCUCGACUAUGAGUGCAAUCUAUAUGCAGCUGGGGCUCGUUAUCAGAUCGAGAACAGCAGCUCAGAAAACUCUCAAGGAACUUCACCUGCAAAUUGGGAAGCCAUAAAUGACGGACUAGCAACGGUAUCUGCGAUCACAUCACCAAAAUCCGCAGAACUUUCGAUCAUUCCUCAACAAGACUCGACAGAAGCAAUGACGCGUACUCGGGUGCCGCAAGAAGAGGACAAUUUGAAGAUGACCUUACUCGGUUGCGCCAGAUUCUUGGAUCAUUUUGGCCUUAACAUCAGCGUUGCGCGCAUUCUCGUUCCAAUGGUUAUCAAAAGAGAAGAUCGGAUGGGGCAGACGGCACGGAAUGCUUCCUUGGAUAUCUAUACUGAUGCGUGGCAUCGAGCACGAUCGUCACUCAAUGACGCACACUCGGUUCGCUCAUUCCGGGUUGUUUUUGCUUCCUUCAUGUUCAAUGGCAUUGCCACGCCGAUAUCAGCACAGCCACACUUUAAAGCCCAUGAGUAUCUGGAUUCGGGCUUACAAAAGCUUGGUGAUCUCGAAGGGCUUGUCAAGCAAUAUUGUACGACUUUGGGACCUUUAUCAAGAUAUGCAGCCCUAAUAGAGGCCAGCUUGAGUCUUAUCCGUUGGUGUGGGUACCUACGCGAAACUGGGGCAGCUCUCUUUGGCGACUAUCAGUGCAAGACACCCUACCCUCUUGUUGAUUUGGAUAGUAAGUUGCCUCUUUGA